AUGCUACAAUCCCAGCUCGUGGACUCACAGACACUGUCUGGUUCAAUCUAUGCGACGCAAUACGGACCUGUUUGUCCUCAACUACCAGAUCUCCUCCGCCAUACCAGACAGCAUCUAUUCGAGGGGGCUCCGCAGGUUUCUUACACGUAUGACGAUCUGGGCUGUCUAAGAUUGAAUGUAUAUGCACCUGCGGACGCGGUUUUGUCUAGGCAAAAGCUGCCGGUUUUGGUUUGGAUACAUGGGGGUGGAUUGGCGAUUGAGAAUGGGAAUGCGGAUUUUACAGCCGGUGAUUAUUUGGUCAGCUACGCCUCUAGUAUUGGAAAACCGUUCGUCUUUGUUUCGAUCAACUACCGUCUAGGCUAUUUCGGUUUUCUUUCGUCCGCUGAAUUGGCGACUGAUGCAGAGAGCCACGGUGAGACAUGGUGGGCCAACCAAGGCUUACAUGACCAGCGAUUAGCCUUGCGAUGGUGCAUCCGAAACAACGUGUCCCAUUUCGGCGGUGACCCCGACGAAAUAACAAUCGCAGGCGAGUCAGCCGGAGGAUUCUCAGUCCUCGCACAUCUGCAAUCCAACGAGCCAGUCUGCAAACGAGGCAUCAUCCAAUCCGGACCAUCGUGGAAUCUAGAAAAGCCACAAGUAGCACAGGCGAAAUUUGACACUUUGACAUCGCGAAUCGGUGUUCCGUCUAGCGCCUCCGGUGCUGAGAAGAUUAUGGCAGCUCCUAAUUGGGAUCCGAACUGGUUCAGCGAUGAAGCUUUGCUGGCCGGAUCAAUUGACUGUGCUGGAAAAAUGUCAGAGUGGGCGGAAAGCGUCGUGGUAGGAUCACUACGAGAUGAAGUGGCUAUCUUUCCUCUGGAUCAGAUGUUCAAAACAACGACGGGGGUGAUGGACAGUGUCAGAGCUGCACUGCUUCCCGGAAAGGACAAUGUGGACGAGCGCUUUGCCGUUGAGAUUCUUGAAGCGUACGGGUUGGAAGAUAUUCUCGCCUACCCAGAUGCAAUGCAACGGCUACGCGCACUCACGACAGACGCUUGCUUCCACCGCGUAGGGUAUAACAUAUCCAAGAAGAACCCACAACUGCCAGUUUACGUGUACCGGUUCGACCAGCCAGAUGUGCAAGAUGGUAGCAUCCACCAAGGAAACGCCUACCACCUGUUAGAUCUCGCAUAUCUGUGUCGUCUUCCUGCUGUUGCAGGCAAGGAGGCACCCUUUUCCUGUCGAGCCACGGCGGAUGCGUUCUCGGAGAUGCUUACGAAGUAUGUUUAUGGAUCUUCUCCCUGGGUGGCUUAUUCGGAGGGAAAGGAGAUUAUGAUAUUUGACGGUCAACAAACGCGGGUAGAAAGGCAUGAGAUUGGGCCUCUUAGGUGGGCGAGAGUGUUGGGAACGCCGGAGAGGGAGAGGAGAUUUGGGCAGUUUUUCUUCAAUAUUAUGAGGGGUAGCUGA